AUGCUUAUUCAAACUGCUCUUAUGGCCCUCGCGGCCACGGCUGUUAGUGCCGUCAAGCCUCUUGAAGUCAAGGGCAACGACUUUUACGACCCCGACACGGGCAACAAGUUCCAGAUUGUUGGUGUUGGCUACCAACCCGGUGGCAGCGCCGGUUACAAGCCUGAUGACAACAAGGACCCCUUGACCGACGCUGAUGCUUGCAUGCGUGAUGCUGCGCUCAUGCAAAUUCUCGGCAUCAACACUGUCCGUGUCUAUAACAUUGACCCCUACCUUGACCAUGACAAGUGUGCCAGUAUCUUCAAUGCUGCUGGCAUGUACCUGAUCAUUGACGUCAACUCACCUCUGCCUGGUGAGGCCAUCACGUCGUUCAACCCUUGGGAGAGCUACUUUGGCGGCUACCUCAACCGCACGUUUGCCGUUAUGGAGGCGUUUGCCAACUACCCUAACACACUUCUCUUCUUCUCCGGAAACGAAAUUAUCAACGACAAGCCCUCCGCCAAGGUUACUCCUCCUUACAUCCGCGCCGUUACCCGUGAUCUCAAGAACUACGUCAAGAAAAACUUCAAGCGCCAGAUCCCCGUCGGCUACUCGGCCGCUGAUGUUCGCGACUACACAUACGACACUUGGAACUACUGCCAAUGCACCAUUGAUGGCGAAGAGGACAACAUGAGCCGCGGUGAUGUUUACGGCCUCAACUCUUACAGCUGGUGCGGUAUUGAUGCCACUUACACCUCGUCUUCCUACAACGAGCUUACCGACAACUUCAAGUCGAGCUCUGUGCCCGUUUUCUUCUCCGAGUACGGUUGCAACCAACCCCUCGGUGAGCCACGCUACUGGAACGAAUCUGUUGCUCUCUACGGUGACAAGAUGAAUGGCGUCUUCUCCGGUGGUCUCGUCUACGAAUACUCCGAGGAAGACAAGAACUACGGCCUUGUCAACCUCACCAGUGACGGUGCCAAGCUACUGGGAGACUACAACCGCCUCAAGAAUAAGCUGACCAAGGUUGACUGGAAGAGCGUCAUGGCCCAGAAGGCUCCCCAGAAGGAUAUUGAGCCUCCCAAGUGCGAUGAGAAGCUCAUCACCCACGAUGGCUUCCUUGCUAACUGGACCCUGCCUGCCCCCCCCGACAACACCAAGGACAUGAUUGAGAACGGCGUUACCCCCAAGCGCAAUGGCAAGCUUGUCGACAUUAGUGACUUCAAGGUUUCUCUCAAGGUUUCCGAUGAGCGGGGUAACGAGAUGAAGGACCUCAAGGUUGUCGCCUUCUCGAACGAUGAAGUCAACUACCCCGGCAAGGUUAGCACCGACACUGGCAAGGAAACGAAUUCCUCCAGCAACUCCACCACUGGCGGUGAUAACAGCACCGAGGGCGAUAGCAAGGGCGAUGGUAAGGGUGAUGGCAAGGAUGACAAGGGUAACGGAGCUGCCUCUGCCGCUCCUAUGAUCCUCGCCGCUGCUCUUCCUGCCCUCGCCAUGGUCUUUGCUUAG